GAACCCCCGUUAACAGGAUUCCUAUUAUGGCCAAACAGGUGUUGGACCUAUACGAACUCUACAAAUUAGUUGUAGCAAGAGGGGGUUUGGUGGAAGUCAUUAACAAAAAGAUUUGGAGAGAAAUUACCAAAGGCCUCAAUCUCCCGUCUUCCAUUACCAGUGCUGCAUUCACACUACGUACACAGUACAUGAAAUAUUUGUACCCUUAUGAAUGCGAGAAAGAGAAACUCAGUACGCCGGAGGAGCUGCAGGCGGCCAUUGACGGAAACAGGAGGGAAGGUCGCAGGUCUAGCUACACCCAAUACGCCGACAUGGUCAGUGUCUCACGAAACUCGCACCACACACCACCACACCACCAACACCCAAGCCAUGUUCGCAAUAUCUCACCUCUUGACCUCGUAUCUAGGCAAAUUAACGGCCACGGCUCAAACCAAGGAGGCUCAUCAGGCGAUGAAGACAACGACAUUUCUUCAACCCCUGCACGAGUGAUGUUCCCUCAACAGGAAGCACUAAAUCUUGAAGUACCUCGGAAUUCAGUCCAUCCAUCUCAGCCAGCAGAUAAGAUGGAGGAUAGUAUAGAAACACCUCCUGCCAAACGAUUUUUAUCUGAAGAAGAGCUCUUGUUGGCACGCGCAACGCUGCCUAGUGCUCAUUUGAAAAUUACAAGCAGAGGUGAUGGGCGGUCUCCUAUAGACAAUUCCCUGGUGGUGAGUAUGGAAAUUAAUGGCGUGAUGUAUCAAGGAGUCCUGUUUGCUCAGACACAUCGAGGACGGAUGACUUGACGAUCGUUCUUACCAUUUUGUCUAUCCUCUUCACAGUGCCUUCUCGCCUAGAUCGUAUAAUAAUAUCUUCAUGUGUGGUCAGUUAUUUUGUGUAAAAUCAAAAACAUAUACUGUAUCGGUGCUGCCACCAUUACACCUCUAAAAGGCCGAUGGCAGCAACAGGCAGCUAACAACGUAGUUUGUAAUCUGUUUCAUGGUUUCGUGAACAUGUUAAAAUAAUGUGAAGUUUCUAAACGUACUAUUUCCAAGAUCAACUACAAAACUGGGAUACUGGCUUUAUCAUAAUUCUCAGGAACUCAUAUUAUGGAAGAGCUUAUCUAUAGAUUAUUCAAUGCUUUCAUACUCUGUGCUAUUAUCGAUUCUUGGGUUUUGUUUAGUUUAAAAAAUUAAAUAAAAAUUUGAAAUUAACCUAAUUAUUUCCAUACUAUACUCGCAAUAGUACAUUAUAUUUCAUGAGUGAUACCUCUUAGAUUGUUCAAAUCAUGCACUUUCUGGUUUUCUUUUUCUUUUAGCUCAUGUAGGUAAAAUACCAAGUGUCAAUCUAUUUAAGGGAAUUGUGUAGUAAUGC